GGAGAGGGAUGGGGGGAGGGGGAAGGGAAGGGGUGGUGGGUGAGGGGCUGUGGGCACCGCAGGGCCGAGUCCCCGGCCCGUCUGCGCUGCUGUAGGGCGGCUGCCCGCGGCACCCGGGACGAUCCAGCCUCUGCCUCGCGGGCGUCGAGCCUGAGACAGGAGGGAGCCCUGGGGCUGCACAGGCUUGGCUCAGGGAGGCAGACCCGAGCUGCUGCCUCCAUUUUGUUUCCUGCUCAGCUUGGUCUGUGGUGGUGGUGGUGGUGGUGGUGUGGGUUUGGGGUGCGGCCGGGUAGGGGGGUUCACCUGCGGCCGCGUCUGCUCGGGGCCUGAGGCCUCGAAGACCCCAGCCCAAGCCCCCAGGUUGAUGCCGGCCCAGGAUGGAUCAGACCUGUGAACUACCCAGAAGAAAUUGUCUGCUGCCCUUUUCCAAUCCAGUGAAUUUAGAUGCCCCUGAAGACAAGGACAGCCCUUUCGGUAAUGGUCAAUCCAAUUUUUCUGAGCCACUUAAUGGGUGUACUAUGCAGUUAUCGACUGUCAGUGGAACAUCCCAAAAUGCUUAUGGACAAGAUUCUCCAUCUUGUUACAUUCCACUGCGGAGACUACAGGAUUUGGCCUCCAUGAUCAAUGUAGAGUAUUUAAAUGGGUCUGCUGAUGGAUCAGAAUCCUUUCAAGACCCUGAAAAAAGUGAUUCAAGAGCUCAGACGCCAAUUGUUUGCACUUCCUUGAGUCCUGGUGGUCCUACAGCACUUGCUAUGAAACAGGAACCCUCUUGUAAUAACUCCCCUGAACUCCAGGUAAAAGUAACAAAGACUAUCAAGAAUGGCUUUCUGCACUUUGAGAAUUUUACUUGUGUGGACGAUGCAGAUGUAGAUUCUGAAAUGGACCCAGAACAGCCAGUCACAGAGGAUGAGAGUAUAGAGGAGAUCUUUGAGGAAACUCAGACCAAUGCCACCUGCAAUUAUGAGACUAAAUCAGAGAAUGGUGUAAAAGUGGCCAUGGGAAGUGAACAAGACAGCACACCAGAGAGUAGACACGGUGCAGUCAAAUCGCCAUUCUUGCCAUUAGCUCCUCAGACUGAAACACAGAAAAAUAAGCAAAGAAAUGAAGUGGACGGCAGCAAUGAAAAAGCAGCCCUUCUCCCAGCCCCCUUUUCACUAGGAGACACAAACAUUACAAUAGAAGAGCAAUUAAACUCAAUAAAUUUAUCUUUUCAGGAUGAUCCAGAUUCCAGUACCAGUACAUUAGGAAACAUGCUAGAAUUACCUGGAACUUCAUCAUCAUCUACUUCACAGGAAUUGCCAUUUUGUCAACCUAAGAAAAAGUCUACGCCACUGAAGUAUGAAGUUGGAGAUCUCAUCUGGGCAAAAUUCAAGAGACGCCCAUGGUGGCCCUGCAGGAUUUGUUCUGAUCCGUUGAUUAACACACAUUCAAAAAUGAAAGUUUCCAACCGGAGGCCCUAUCGGCAGUACUACGUGGAGGCUUUUGGAGAUCCUUCUGAGAGAGCCUGGGUGGCUGGAAAAGCAAUCGUCAUGUUUGAAGGCAGACAUCAAUUCGAAGAGCUACCUGUCCUUAGGAGAAGAGGGAAACAGAAAGAAAAAGGAUAUAGGCAUAAGGUUCCUCAGAAAAUUUUGAGUAAAUGGGAAGCCAGUGUUGGACUUGCAGAACAGUAUGAUGUUCCCAAGGGGUCAAAGAACCGAAAAUGUAUUCCUGGUUCAAUCAAGUUGGACAGUGAAGAAGAUAUGCCAUUUGAAGACUGCACAAAUGAUCCUGAGUCAGAACAUGAUCUGUUGCUUAAUGGCUGUUUGAAAUCACUGGCUUUUGAUUCUGAACAUUCUGCAGAUGAGAAGGAAAAGCCUUGUGCUAAAUCUCGAGCCAGAAAGAGCUCUGAUAAUCCAAAAAGGACUAGUGUGAAAAAGGGCCACAUACAAUUUGAAGCACAUAAAGAUGAACGGAGGGGAAAGAUUCCAGAGAACCUUGGCCUAAACUUUAUCUCUGGGGAUAUAUCUGAUACGCAGGCCUCUAAUGAACUUUCCAGGAUAGCAAAUAGCCUCACAGGGUCCAACACUGCCCCAGGAAGUUUUCUGUUUUCUUCCUGUGGAAAAAACACUGCAAAGAAAGAAUUUGAGACUUCAAAUGGUGACUCUUUAUUGGGCUUGCCUGAGGGUGCUUUGAUCUCAAAGUGUUCUCGAGAGAAGAAUAAACCCCAACGAAGCCUGGUGUGUGGUUCAAAAGUGAAGCUCUGCUAUAUUGGAGCAGGUGAUGAGGAAAAGCGAAGUGAUUCCAUUAGUAUCUGUACCACUUCUGAUGAUGGAAGCAGUGACCUGGAUCCCAUAGAACACAGCUCAGAGUCUGAUAACAGUGUCCUUGAAAUUCCAGAUGCUUUCGAUAGAACAGAGAACAUGUUAUCUAUGCAGAAAAAUGAAAAGAUAAAGUAUUCUAGGUUUGCUGCCACAAACACUAGGGUAAAAGCAAAACAGAAGCCUCUCAUUAGUAACUCACAUACAGACCACUUAAUGGGUUGUACUAAGAGUGCAGAGCCUGGAACUGAGACGUCUCAGGUUAAUCUCUCUGAUCUGAAGGCAUCUACUCUUGUUCACAAACCCCAGUCAGAUUUUACAAAUGAUGCUCUCUCUCCAAAAUUCAACAUGUCAUCAAGCAUAUCCAGUGAGAACUCGUUAAUAAAGGGUGGGGCAGCAAAUCAAGCUCUAUUACAUUCGAAAAGCAAACAGCCCAAGUUCCGAAGUAUAAAGUGCAAACACAAAGAAAAUCCAGUUAUGGUAGAACCCCCAGUUAUAAAUGAGGAGUGCAGUUUGAAAUGCUGCUCUUCUGAUACCAAAGGCUCUCCUUUGGCCAGCAUUUCUAAAAGUGGGAAAGUGGAUGGUCUAAAACUACUGAACAAUAUGCAUGAGAAAACCAGGGAUUCAAGUGACAUAGAAACAGCAGUGGUGAAACAUGUUUUAUCCGAGUUGAAGGAACUCUCUUACAGAUCCUUAGGUGAGGAUGUCAGUGACUCUGGAACAUCAAAGCCAUCAAAACCAUUACUUUUCUCUUCUGCUUCUAGUCAGAAUCACAUACCUAUUGAACCAGACUACAAAUUCAGUACAUUGCUAAUGAUGUUGAAAGAUAUGCAUGAUAGUAAGACGAAGGAGCAGCGGUUGAUGACUGCUCAAAACCUGGUCUCUUACCGGAGUCCUGGUCGUGGGGACUGUUCUACUAAUAGUCCUGUAGGAGUCUCUAAGGUUUUGGUUUCAGGAGGCUCCACACACAAUUCAGAGAAAAAGGGAGAUGGCACUCAGAACUCCGCCAAUCCUAGCCCUAGUGGGGGUGACUCUGCAUUAUCUGGCGAGUUGUCUGCUUCCCUACCUGGCUUAGUGUCCGAAAAGAGAGACCUCCCUGCUUCUGGUAAAAGUCGUUCAGACUGUGUUACUAGGCGCAACUGUGGACGAUCAAAGCCUUCAUCCAAAUUGCGAGAUGCUUUUUCAGCCCAAAUGGUAAAGAACACAGUGAACCGUAAAGCCUUAAAGACCGAGCGCAAAAGAAAACUGAAUCAGCUUCCAAGUGUGACUCUUGAUGCUGUACUGCAGGGAGACCGAGAACAUGGAGGUUCAUUGAGAGGUGGGGCAGAAGAUCCUAGUAAAGAGGAUCCCCUUCAGAUAAUGGGCCACUUAACAAGUGAAGAUGGUGACCAUUUUUCUGAUGUGCAUUUCGAUAGCAAGGUUAAGCAAUCUGAUCCUGGUAAAAUUUCUGAAAAAGGACUCUCUUUUGAAAACGGAAAAGGCCCAGAGCUGGACUCUGUAAUGAACAGUGAGAAUGAUGAACUCAAUGGUGUAAAUCAAGUGGUGCCUAAAAAGCGGUGGCAGCGUUUAAACCAAAGGCGCACUAAACCUCGUAAGCGCAUGAACAGAUUUAAAGAGAAAGAAAACUCUGAGUGUGCCUUUAGGGUCUUACUUCCUAGUGACCCUGUGCAGGAGGGGCGGGAUGAGUUUCCAGAGCAUAGAACUCCUCCUUCAGCAAGCAUACUUGAGGAACCACUGACAGAGCAAAAUCAUGCUGACUGCUUAGAUUCAGUUGGGCCACGGUUAAAUGUUUGUGAUAAAUCCAGUGCCAGCAUUGGUGACAUGGAAAAGGAGCCAGGAAUUCCCAGUUUGACACCACAGGCUGAGCUCCCUGAACCAGCUGUGCGGUCAGAGAAGAAACGCCUUAGGAAGCCAAGCAAGUGGCUUUUGGAAUAUACAGAAGAAUAUGAUCAGAUAUUUGCUCCUAAGAAAAAACAAAAGAAGGUACAGGAGCAGGUGCACAAGGUAAGUUCCCGCUGUGAAGAGGAAAGCCUUCUAGCCCGAGGUCGAUCUAGUGCUCAGAACAAGCAGGUGGACGAGAAUUCUUUGAUUUCAACCAAAGAAGAGCCUCCAGUUCUUGAAAGGGAGGCUCCGUUUUUGGAGGGCCCCUUGGCUCAGUCAGAACUUGGAGGUGGACAUGCUGAGUUGCCGCAGCUGACCUUGUCUGUGCCUGUGGCUCCGGAAGUCUCUCCACGGCCUGCCCUUGAGUCUGAGGAAUUGCUAGUUAAAACGCCAGGAAAUUAUGAAAGUAAACGUCAAAGAAAACCAACUAAGAAACUUCUUGAAUCCAAUGAUUUAGACCCUGGAUUUAUGCCCAAGAAGGGGGACCUUGGCCUUUCUAAAAAGUGCUAUGAAGCUGGUCACCUGGAGAAUGGCAUAACUGAAUCUUGUGCCACAUCUUAUUCAAAAGAUUUUGGUGGAGGCACUACCAAGAUAUUUGACAAGCCAAGGAAGCGAAAACGACAGAGGCAUGCUGCAGCCAAGAUGCAGUGUAAAAAAGUGAAAAAUGAUGACUCGUCAAAAGAGAUGCCAGGCUCAGAGGGAGAACUAAUGCCUCACAGGACGGCCACAAGCCCCAAGGAGACUGUUGAGGAAGGUGUAGAACACGAUCCCGGGAUGCCUGCCUCUAAAAAAAUGCAGGGUGAACGCGGUGGAGGAGCUGCACUCAAGGAGAAUGUCUGUCAGAAUUGUGAAAAAUUGGGUGAGCUGCUGUUAUGUGAGGCUCAGUGCUGUGGGGCUUUCCACCUGGAGUGCCUUGGAUUGACUGAGAUGCCAAGAGGAAAAUUUAUCUGCAAUGAAUGUCGCACAGGAAUCCAUACCUGUUUUGUAUGUAAGCAGAGUGGGGAAGAUGUUAAAAGGUGCCUUCUACCCUUGUGUGGAAAGUUUUACCAUGAAGAGUGUGUCCAGAAGUACCCACCCACUGUUAUGCAGAACAAGGGCUUCCGGUGCUCCCUCCACAUCUGUAUAACCUGUCAUGCUGCUAAUCCAGCCAAUGUUUCUGCAUCUAAAGGUCGGUUGAUGCGCUGUGUCCGCUGUCCUGUGGCAUACCACGCCAAUGACUUUUGCCUGGCUGCUGGGUCAAAGAUCCUUGCAUCUAAUAGUAUCAUCUGCCCUAAUCACUUUACCCCUAGGCGGGGCUGCCGAAAUCAUGAGCAUGUUAAUGUUAGCUGGUGCUUUGUGUGCUCAGAAGGAGGCAGCCUUCUGUGCUGUGAUUCUUGCCCUGCUGCUUUUCAUCGUGAAUGCCUGAACAUUGAUAUCCCUGAAGGAAACUGGUAUUGCAAUGACUGUAAGGCAGGCAAAAAGCCACACUACAGGGAGAUUGUCUGGGUAAAAGUUGGACGAUACAGGUGGUGGCCAGCUGAGAUCUGCCAUCCUCGAGCUGUUCCUUCCAACAUUGAUAAGAUGAGACAUGAUGUGGGAGAGUUCCCAGUCCUCUUUUUUGGAUCUAAUGACUAUUUGUGGACUCACCAGGCCCGAGUCUUCCCUUACAUGGAGGGUGACGUGAGCAGCAAGGAUAAGAUGGGCAAAGGAGUGGAUGGGACAUAUAAAAAAGCUCUUCAGGAAGCUGCAGCAAGGUUUGAGGAAUUAAAGGCCCAAAAAGAGCUAAGACAGCUGCAGGAAGACCGAAAGAAUGACAAGAAGCCACCACCUUAUAAACAUAUAAAGGUAAACCGUCCUAUUGGCAGGGUACAGAUCUUCACUGCAGACUUAUCUGAAAUACCCCGUUGCAACUGUAAAGCUACUGAUGAGAACCCCUGUGGGAUAGACUCUGAAUGCAUCAACCGCAUGCUGCUCUAUGAGUGCCACCCCACAGUGUGUCCUGCCGGAGGGCGCUGUCAAAACCAGUGCUUUUCCAAGCGCCAAUAUCCAGAGGUUGAAAUUUUCCGCACAUUACAGCGGGGUUGGGGUCUACGGACAAAAACUGAUAUUAAAAAGGGUGAAUUUGUGAAUGAGUAUGUGGGUGAGCUUAUAGAUGAAGAAGAAUGCAGAGCUCGAAUUCGCUAUGCUCAAGAACAUGAUAUCACUAAUUUCUAUAUGCUCACCCUAGACAAAGACCGAAUCAUUGAUGCUGGUCCCAAAGGAAACUAUGCUCGGUUCAUGAAUCACUGCUGCCAGCCCAACUGUGAAACACAGAAGUGGUCUGUGAAUGGAGAUACCCGUGUAGGCCUUUUUGCACUAAGUGACAUUAAAGCAGGCACUGAACUUACCUUCAACUACAACCUAGAAUGUCUUGGGAAUGGAAAGACUGUUUGCAAAUGUGGAGCCCCGAACUGCAGUGGCUUCUUGGGUGUAAGGCCAAAGAACCAACCCAUUGCCACGGAAGAAAAGUCAAAGAAAUUCAAGAAGAAGCAACAGGGAAAGCGCAGGACCCAGGGUGAAAUCACAAAGGAGCGAGAAGAUGAGUGUUUUAGUUGUGGGGAUGCUGGCCAGCUCGUCUCCUGCAAGAAACCAGGCUGCCCAAAAGUUUACCAUGCAGACUGUCUCAAUCUGACCAAGCGACCAGCAGGGAAAUGGGAAUGUCCGUGGCAUCAGUGUGACAUCUGCGGGAAGGAAGCAGCCUCCUUCUGUGAGAUGUGCCCCAGCUCCUUUUGUAAGCAGCAUCGAGAAGGGAUGCUUUUCAUUUCCAAACUGGAUGGGCGUCUGUCUUGUACUGAGCAUGACCCCUGUGGGCCCAAUCCUCUGGAACCUGGGGAGAUCCGUGAGUAUGUGCCUCCCCCAGUACCGCUGCCUCCAGGGCCAAGCACUCACCUGGCAGAGCAAUCAACAGGAAUGGCUGCUCAGGCACCCAAAAUGUCAGAUAAACCUCCUGCUGACACCAACCAGACGCUGUCGCUCUCCAAAAAAGCUCUGGCAGGGACUUGUCAGAGGCCACUGCUACCUGAAAGACCUCUUGAGAGAACUGACUCCAGGCCCCAGCCUUUAGAUAAGGUCAGAGACCUCGCUGGGUCAGGGACCAAAUCCCAAUCCUUGGUUUCCAGCCAGAGGCCACUGGACAGGCCACCAGCAGUGGCAGGACCAAGACCCCAGCUAAGCGACAAACCCUCUCCAGUGACCAGCCCAAGCUCCUCACCCUCAGUCAGGUCCCAACCACUGGAAAGACCUCUGGGGACGGCUGACCCAAGGCUGGAUAAAUCCAUAGGUGCUGCCAGCCCAAGGCCCCAGUCACUGGAGAAAACCCCAGUUCCCACUGGCCUGAGACUUCCGCCGCCAGACAGACUGCUCAUUACUAGCAGUCCCAAACCCCAGACUUCAGACAGGCCUACUGACAAACCCCAUGCCUCUUUGUCCCAGAGACUCCCACCUCCUGAGAAAGUACUAUCAGCUGUGGUCCAGACCCUUGUAGCUAAAGAAAAAGCACUGAGGCCUGUGGACCAGAAUACUCAGUCAAAAAAUAGAGCUGCUUUGGUCAUGGAUCUCAUAGACCUAACUCCUCGCCAGAAGGAGCGGGCAGCUUCACCUCAUGAGGUCACACCACAGGCUGAUGAGAAGAUGCCAGUGUUGGAGUCAAGUUCAUGGCCUGCCAGCAAAGGUCUGGGGCAUAUGCCGAGAGCUGUUGAGAAAGGCUGUGUGUCAGAUCCUCUUCAGACAUCUGGGAAAGCAGCAGCCCCUUCAGAGGACCCCUGGCAAGCUGUUAAAUCACUCACCCAGGCCAGACUUCUUUCUCAGCCUCCUGCCAAGGCCUUUUUAUAUGAGCCAACAACUCAGGCCUCAGGAAGAGCUUCUGCAGGGGCUGAGCAGACCCCAGGGCCUCUUAGCCAAUCCCUGGGCCUGGUGAAGCAGGCGAAGCAGAUGGUCGGAGGCCAGCAACUACCUGCACUUGCCGCCAAGAGUGGGCAAUCUUUUAGGUCUCUCGGGAAGGCCCCAGCCUCCCUCCCCACUGAAGAAAAGAAGUUGGUAACCACAGAGCAAAGUCCCUGGGCCCUGGGAAAAGCCUCAUCACGGGCAGGGCUCUGGCCCAUAGUGGCUGGACAGACACUGGCACAGUCUUGCUGGUCUGCUGGGAGCACACAGACAUUGGCACAGACUUGCUGGUCUCUUGGAAGAGGGCAAGACCCCAAACCAGAGCAAAAUACACUUCCAGCUCUUAACCAGGCUCCUUCCAGUCACAAGUGUGCAGAAUCAGAACAGAAGUAGUACCAAUCAAUGUCACAUGAACAAACAAGCUGCCCCCAGGGUACCAUUUGGGGAGGGGAAAUCUUUUCUUUCUUUCCCCCUUAAAAAAAAAACACAUCUGCCCCGAACACUUUCCCACUGUUAUUCUUUCCUCAUAUCCCAACACUCAGAACUCUUGUGACAUUAGCCAGUGGGGGCUUAUGGUUGUGUGAACCAUGUAUGAAAAUCCAGUGGGCCCCAACCAAGGAGACAGACAGACUUGGGUCUCUUUCCCCCAACUUUUCCACAUGGUCAUCGUGAAAUAAAAAGUCCACUCUGGAGUCAAGUAUGGAAUUCAAUUCCGCUGGUCAGGUUGGAAGGUAUAGGGGCUCUCAAAGCGAUUUCCCCAACCAGACAGAGCCCCAUUGAGGGCACCUAGGAACCCUUGGGAGGAAAUGGUGUUCUUUCAAAUCAGUGGCGAUUUCCUGAGCAUUCACGUGUUCUAGGCCGGGUGCUAGUCACUGAUGAGAGAUACAGAGGUAAAUAAGGACUCAUCCCUGUGAGCCUGGAUUCCAAGGCUUUCAGGAACCUUUGACCAGGAAGUAACAGGAAGUUCUGAGGGGCCCUGGGGCUUUAGACUCAUUUUGAAAUGUCCUUUGUGGCACCAGAAGUGGUUGUGUUGAGGAAGUGUCUCUUGGCUGCGGUGUGCAUGGGUGCGUGUGCAUGCACGCACACUCACAGAGGUCUCCUCUAUAGAUGCAAGGGUGCUGCAUUGAGGCCAGCAAGGCUGUUGGCUGUGGGGUCGCCGCUGCUGCUUUUGUCUGGGCUGUGCAGAGUCUCAAGAUGAGUCCUUGGAGGAGCAGGUGGUCAGGGGGAGUCGGGCUCUGUGCGAAUGUAGAUUUCCAGCAGUGGAAGAAGGCAUUUGGCAAGCUUCUCUUUCUUUGCUUUUGUUUCUACCUAUUUUUCUCUUUGUACAUGAAUCCACCCCAUCCCUAUUUCCCUAAAACACUCAGGUGCUUUCAGAUUUCAGAGCCUCGGGCAGUGGACAUAGGGAAUCUCUGGCAAGCUCUGAGCUAGACACACCAGCUUCAGGAAGAGUACCAGAUCCUGAUGGGAAAUUUCUUUUCCCCAUUCCUUUUCCCUCCUGAGUGGAGGGAGUCCUCUUCUUUGCCUCCCUGAGAAUUGCUGUGCUCUGUAUUGAGAGCACCUGCCUGCUGACUUAGCUCAAAGGCAAGCCAGAACCCUUCCCUGAAGACUGGCAAGAGGUGGUGUUUAGAGCAACGUCCAGGCUAAGAGAUGACUCCUAUUAACUGCUGAUUAUCUGUUACUGCUGCCCUGAGCUGGGGCCCAAGGGCUGGGAAAUCUGUUGGUGCUACCCUGCCCUACCAUUCACCCAGCUCACAGACUGCCAACAGGAAGUGCUGUUUGGCUAGUUCCUCCCACUUGUCUACCCCUCCUUUGUCCUUAGACCAACAUGUUUACCUCUCUGCUUUGCCAACUUAGCCAGCAGGCCACCCCCGGCCCUAACGCCUCCUGGCCAUUAUCUCUUAGUUACGGCUUUCACGCUCUCAACAGGAUUCUGUAUUUGGUCCCAAUUUCCUCAAGUUCUUAUUGAGGUUACUCCCAUCAAUUCCACGGAGGGAACAGUAGUUAUUAUAGAAGCAUUUGCGCUUUAUCUAAAGAUUAAAAGUAGAAUCUGCUUUUAUUUCCCAAAGUCUGUCUCUGAGGUUGAGACACUUGAACUCAGGCAGAGGGACGAGGCUGGGCAGGGCUGUCCUGAGUUUAGGGGCCUAUCCCUGCAUUUCACUGAGACCUCGGAAUCUCCUCUGUGAAUUCCACCUGCCUAGUUCUCCCCUUUCAUCCUCUCUCUCUUCCCACAUCAUCAAAGAGGAAAAGCUCUUUGUUCAAAAGGAAGAGAAAACGUAAAGCAUCUUAUUUUCUUUUAAAAGAAUUUUAAACCAUGAAAAAGAUAUUUUUAAAGAAAUUCACCCAGAACAUUAAAGUUCAUUAUAUUAAGUAUUUAUCAUGUGUGAGAAUAAUAAAUAUAUAACUGCAGCUAGUAGGUCCCUUUCCCUAAUCUUUUAGGUCAUAUGAGUAGGGUUUGCUUGGUGCCAGUCCUGUGCCCUUUUCUCUCCAGUCAUCUGUAGUUGUGAUCAGAAAAAGGUAUCUGCACUGCACUGUCAGAGUCUCCUUUCACUAUGUUGUGUGUUAAAUUACCGUAGCUCUUUGUUUCAUGAAAUAAACUGUGAAUUUGGGGGGGGGCGGGGGGAGGGCGUGCAGGCCAUGUAAAAAUUUUCCGUGGAGAAGUUUGAUUCUAAAGUAGGCUUUGGUAGGUCAUCAACUUGACAGCAGUCUAGAUGAGGGAGUGAGGGAAAGGGGCCGGGAUUGGCUGCUUUGUGGUUUCAUUUUGGUUCUUUCCAUUCUCUGCCAUUCAUUGGAGGCUUCGUUCCAGACCUGCCUGGGAAAACAGCUUCUGAGCCAUUUUGGGGAGCAGUUCUUCAUCUGAAUGGAUGGACAUCUGGGCCUCCUUCAGGGCCAUUGAAUGGGAACUAGAAAACCACUGGAAACUAGAAAUUUGAGCUAUUGGGCCCACCAGUAGCAGCAUGUGAUACUAGAUGGUUAAAAUCAUGAAAGCAGUCACUAUCCAAUUAGAAGCAGAGUCACAACAACUGUUGGGAAAUGUGACUCUUGGAGGAAGGUGGGGAGGGAGCGGCCUUGCCAGCCCUGUGGGACGUCUCCUGAAGUUUGUGAUAAGACCCCUUUUCCAAAGGGAUGUGAAUUGGAGUGAAAAGGAAAUCUUUCAUCUUAGAAAACUUCUGGUCCUUACGCAGGGUGGUAUUUGGGUAUGUGCUUGGAAAUUGAGAUCUCAAGAGUGUUUGCCUUGGAGCCAGCUCCCCAGGAGGCCUUUUCCAGGGACAAGGCAAAAGUCGAAAUUCUCCAUAGGUAGCUAGAAAGCCAAUACAUCUAGCCCUGCUAAGUCAGAAAAAGAUUAUGAAAAAUGUUGAAAUUUACAUUCAAAGCCUCAUUUGCUUAUCUUGCUGGAGCCAACCCAGUCUAAUAGCAAAAUAGCUGUCAUUGAUACAGAAACAUCCUCAUUUUUAAAUGUCUGCUUUCCCCUGUUACUGAGUUUGAGAUGACUUAAAUCACUGUGUUGACCCUCUUCUGAACCAAAUCUUUAGCAUUGAUGAAAAUAGUUAUUUUAUUCUUUACAUCCUUCACCCCACACUAUGGUCAGGGCAUGAAACACCCUGUUGAUCCCUUCCCAGGCUCGGCACUGUCUGCUCACUGGAGCUGGACUCCCAGGUUGUAAUUCUAAGGUUGCCUCAUGAGAACAGAAUGGCAGAAAGUUUAGUCCUGACAGCUUCCCCCAUAGGGAGUAAUGAGGACAGCAUGAAACUUGGAUAGGUUUUACCCUUAGUCCCUAUAAGGUGGAUUUUACUAAGGUUUUUUAAAUGAUACUGUCAUCCUCUUGGGGUUUAUCAGCCAGGUUAGAGGAGCCCAGUGUCCUAACCUCUCAGAUCAUGGCAGACAAGGAGCUGCCUCCAGCCCCUUUCUUGCUGAGUCUCAUUUGAGCAGUUCCAUGUGUAGACAUUCCAAGUCACUGCUUGGUAGUUGCUGUGGGAGCCUGUCAUUGGCUAUGGCCAGUUAGUUCUCAGCUGAGCUUCCUAGGGCCAGUGCAACAGGGCCAGAGGCUGCUAUAGUGUAAACUGAAAUAAGAAUAGAUCAUUGUUUUGUACACACACACAAUAAAAUGUAAUGAUGGUGCUAAUUUCACGGUAUAAAUAAGCACUGCCAAGGGUUGAGGGACUGGCAGCUCAAGAAACCCGGGUUCCUGUUUGGGAGGAGAUUUUAUGUAGAAAAGUUUGAGGCUUUGUUAAAAGUGGGGAGAAGGAAGAUCCUCAGUGAAGCCUGCACCCAACCCUGGAGUGGCCCAGUGCAAUCCAGAGGUAGAAGAGAUCCUAUAUCCAGGUGAAGGUGGCCAUUGAGUUUCUCAGGGCUGGGGCCACCUUGUCCAUAGCCUCCGUCCACGCUGCCUGGAGCAGGUUGUUAGAGUGCUCUGGUUGUUGGGUCUUCCUCAGCUCCCUUCUGCCCCUCUCUACCUCUUCCACUCAUGGAAGCACCUCUACUGCUUAUGAAGAUUAAGGGUAGUAUUUUCUAAGGAAAGGGAAAGAAUUAAACUAGAAAUCCACAACCUCGGAAGAAGUGUUUCGAGUUUAACAUGCGCUGUUUCUGCUUAUGUGGUUCCUUCUCUAGAGCUGCUUUCCCAUGGCUUUCAAAACAUCAGGUUAUUGUGGGGCUUCAGGUGUAAGGUCCUGGAAGUUCAGCAAAGUUUCGUGGACAAGACAUGGGCACAGAGAGUAGAAGCAGAAAUAAAUGGUUCUAUGUUUUCAACUUCCAGGGUUGGGGCAGGCCAGAGCAAGGCGGUCUCAUCGAGGUGGGUGCUACCUGUGUGUGUGUAGAUGAGUGUGCUGAAGGUGGGGAGGGCAGCACACAGCAGCUCAUGGCAGAGCCGCCUCCUAGGUCUUGGCAAAGAGGCAAGCUGACGAUAGACAUCUACCUAUAUUGUUAAGAAAGGGGUCGGGGGGAUCAGCCAAGGUCCAUCAUUGCUUUUUUGCCGCCCCCCCCCGCCCCCAUAGAUUGUCAGCUGUAAGUGAAACUCCUAGUGAAAAAGAGGGGAGCCCUGUGUUAGGAGUCCCCAUAAACAUGUACUGUAAUUCUUUGUAUAUAGAAAAAAAAUUUACUGUAAAGUAAAGUUUAACUUUACUCAUA